CCUCAGGUUAUAAAUUUAUAAUCGUAUUAUACUAUACUAAGUAACGAUUCUAGGAUAAUCUAGCUACGGUUAUAAAACCCCCCGGCCCCCGCCCCCCUUUUCUAUAAGGUAUUAUACAUUAAAAGAUACGGUACUAAGAAAAUUAGUAUUCCUACCCCUGUAUUAGGAGGUUCGGGCCGGGGAUAAGCUAUCAUUGGACGCCUUAUAAAUGAGGCUCAUUACCCACUGCAAACCUUUCAAAAUUUGUCGAGCGAUUCCAUCAUCUUAUUACCACGACGCAAUUGACACGAAUGCAAAAGUCAUCAUCAGAGCCGAACAACUGGAUUCGAAAUGACUAAAUUUCUUCCAUUCCCAUCCCCAAUGAGGAUCGGGAGUGAUAUCUGUAGCAUCUUUCGGAUUUGGGACAUCGUUGCGAGGGAUCAGGUGGGUUUCGUUAGGAGGGUGUUGACGGAGAAGGAGAGGGAGUGUUACAAGGAACGAUUACUUUCUCCUUUGGCAGUUGCUGAGGAUGCGAAAGCUGAUCCUUGGAAGCGUUUCGUACCGCUUCUUGGAGAAUAUCUCAAGAAGAACAUGAGUUCGAUGCAGGACUCUCAUGAGCUUAUUUCAAACCUCCGCCUUGAGGAAAACCCGUCAGAGAAACAGCGAUUCCGGAUUUCAUUGGCAUCGUCCUUCGGUGAUGAUGGGAAUUACAUGCUAUCGUGCGAUAAUUGGCGUUUACCGUAUGUUGCCUUUGACCCGACGACCGGUGGGGUUGGUUGGGGUAGGAUGUGUGUUGUGAUUUGGUAAAAAUGCUGACGUAUGAUUGUGGAGUAGUGAGGUUACUCAUCAAGACAUCAAAGCGAGGAUUGAAGAAAUCGACGGCAAUGCGACGAUGAGUGAUCUUGAGCUAGCUCUGGCUUUGCAAAUGAAACAUGCUAGUCGGGAAAAAUGGCCGAAACCGUUCGUUCACCGCAUUUCCCUUAUAUUGCAUCGCGAAAGCGCCUUUCGCGAAAGAUUAUUAAGUCGCCGCUCAUACUGACUAUAAAAUUAAGGAUCACUUCCCAAAUCUUCUGGCUCGGGAGAGGGAUCGCAAAGAUUCGAGGGCGUGGAAAAAUGAGUGGAAAAAUGGAUGAUGAACAAGUGAGAGAAGUACCGAUGUACGACCUGUCGAAGUUCCUCGCUGGAAGGUAUAUCGAAUUUUGUUCCCUCCACAAUUUGAAUAUCUAACUAACCUUCCACCUAGAUUCGCAGCUAAAGAAGCUAUUAUCAAAGCACACCGCCAUCGACGCAUUACCUAUCAUGAUAUCGACAUCAUAACUCCCACCGAAAGCCAAACGGAGACGGGGUCUUCGCCUCCUGUGGCGAUAGUUAAAUCCCAAGAGGGAGAUGAACAUCCUUACCGAGAGGUACAGGUGAGUAUUAGUCAUGAUAGAGCUUAUGCGACUGCUACGGCUUUGGUUUGUGAGCCUUCGUCUGGGCAGCACGAACCGUCCGAAAGCUCAAUUUGAGUUCCACAGGGCGGCUAAGUUGGGCUUCUUGCGCCGAUACUCACUGUAUGUUUACAUUGCCACGGAAAAGAAAGCGAAAGGUCAUUCGUGGGGUGGGGAUACUGGUUUGGCCCUUGAAUAUGUAACGCCGCUGUCUGGCUGGCUAACUAGCGGAGCCUUUGUAUAGCUAUGAGAGAGAGGGUAAUCUUGCGCCGGACUGUUCAAUUAGUAUGUAUGGUUAUGGGGGCAAUAAAAUAAAGAAUAGAGACCUUUCAUUGCGACA